GGGCUAUGUUGCGAGAAGUUAGUCUCGGUGCAGAUCUUGGAGCGUGAUGUUGAAAGUUCUUUCAUCGUCGUGUGCAAAAAGCUCUUCUGCAAAGCUCAUCCUCGUUGCAUUGCACCAAUCGGAGUGUGUUGAAAAGUUAUCAAAAUCAAGGUGAAUUGCAUGAAUUAAGGGAAGGUUUUUAGGUGUUGUUUUAAAGUCGACUUUCUGCCAAAUGUGUGUCAUAUUAAAAUUUCAUGUGCUUUAUGGAUCAUUUAUUGCCAAAAUUUUCAGUGUGAUGACAAAGUUCAGCGUGUGAGAAAUUAUCUGUGUGUGGUGUUGACCCCCAAGAGAUGAGGAAAGUGACCCCGUGAGACCUAUAAGAUGUGCCAGAGGAAGAAAAUGACAAAGAACUCCCUCGAAAUUGUCGUCUUUGCCAUAAUUUUCGUACAAACUUUUACACAUUGCGAGAAUCGCAUCAUAACAGGCUCAUCGCCACUCGAUAAUCUCAUCAUUCGACCACUCUUUCAUUCCUUUCGCAACAUGACCUUCCGCCUUGUGGGACAGACAGGUCUCCGUAAUACCGGAAGGUACCUGCAGCAGCCACUUGAGGAGUUUCCCUGCGACACGACGUUUGGACGCAGCGAAAAGCCACCCACGAGUGUGCAUAAAUUGAGACCAGGGGACAUUGACAUUAUUGCCGCCAUGGGGGACUCACUGACGGCCGCCACAGGAGCCACAUCCACGAGCUUUAUGGAUCUCUUCAUGGAGAACCGUGGGCUUGCGUGGUGCAUCGGUGGUCAAUGGGAUUGGCACAAUUCCACCACACUCCCCAACAUUCUGCGUGCCUUCAAUCCCAAACUCUUUGGCUACUCCAUCGGGGACUCCUACCCCUUUCACCGGGCAUCGCAGUUUAAUGUGGCCGAAAUUGGGGCUGUAUCUGCAGACCUACCCUACAUGGCAAGGACCUUAAUACGGCGGAUUAAAUCCGACAGGCGUGUGAAUUUCAAGAAGCACUGGAAAAUGCUUACCAUCAGCAUGGGUGGCAAUGAUAUUUGCUCUUUUGUGUGCACAUGGGAUGAUCCGGAAUCAUUGCCGGGAAAGCACAGAGUGAGCCUUCUCCGUACUCUUCGGUACAUUCGAGACAACAUGCCAAGAACAUUUGUGAAUAUUGUUUCCGUUCCAUCAGUGGACAAAGUUGUGGGAUUGAGGCCCAAGCCGGAGCAGUGUCGCCUUAUGCAUCACAUUGAGUGCUCAUGCUGGGAGGGUAGACUGUACAAUCAGACAGACGAACUCCGGCAGAGACUUCGCAAUAUUCAGCAGGAGUUUAUUAGGGCCGAAGCCGAAGUUGCACAGUAUGAUGAAUUUAAGGGAUUGCAGGAGUUUGCCGUCGUCUAUCAGCCAUUCAGUCGAAAUCUCUCGAUAAAGACCAAGGAUGAGAAGACAGAUUACUCUCUGCUCGCCUUUGAUUGCUUCCACAUGAGUCAAAAAGCUCACGCAUGGGCCGGUACAUCGCUAUGGAACAAUAUCAUGGAACCAAUUGUGGAAAAAGCAGACUCCUGGGAGUCGCCGUCUGUGAAAUUUAAGUGUCCAACCAAAGAAUUUCCCUACAUCUACACUCACGACAACUAAACAAGUGAUGCAGACAUUUCGAGUGGAGAGAGAGCCUUUAUUAUAAAAUAUAGUAAAAGUGGGUGGGAAGUAUAUGAGUAUUUUUUUUAUAAUUUAUUUAUCCUUUUAAUGCCUUUGAGAAUGAAGUUUGUGAAUGAAAUUUUGCGGAAAUGCAGCUGAAAAAAUAAAUAAGAGAACAUUAUAAA